AUGGCAUCCAUCUUCACUUACGAUCCAGACCCGCCGCGGGUAUCAUCACCGUGGUCAACCUCGGGAUCGUCGACCCCCCAGCUCAAUCCGUCUGGUAGUCGCGGAUUAGCAAUCCGCACGCGCUCCAGUGCUACUCCGCUGCGCGCUGAUCCAGUCCUAUUGUCCGACUACGGAAUUUCUAAAUUGGAACCAGAGCCUCAAGAAGGCCCCACAGAGUACAAGUUACAUCUGCUUCUUCGACCCAGACGUCCCUAUCUUUCUAUGUCGACAGGGAACGUAGUGGCAGGAUCAUAUCAUUCACGCAUGGUGCCACUAUCGUAUACCUCUGCAUCACCGGGUUCUGAAGCAGCUCCGAAGCCCAUGCAAGCCAAAUCAAACCAGAGCCGACAGCAACGACUACAAGGAUUAACUACCCAGUUAUUAUGGCGUCUGCAGCAAUCUUCGCCGUUUCAUUCCUCUACCACCUCAAAUCUGGUGUUGCCUGUUCUUCCCGAUGCAACUCCCCAACUAGGAGUUCCUUCAAAACCUGCCCGUUUGCUUCCUGGUCUCGAGGAAAGCCAAGGUGCUUUGUAUGAGAUUGGAGUUGCAGAUGACGGUACCUUUGUCGGUCUCACUCAAGACGAGCUAGACGAGAGCAUCACCAACCUUCAGUCUAUGGCUACAAGUCUGGGGUGUAAGGUCGAGGUCCUGCGCCGAGUCGUGGUCGGGAAUUGCGAGUGGGCAGCGGAAACGCCAAAUGCACCGCUAGAUGCACCACCCGACCCGGCUACAAAUACCACCGAAGGACUCUGGGUGGUUGAGGCAUUGGUAAGCCCAGAUCUGGACUUCUACAACAUCUCCCAGGGCAAAUCAAUACGUGAUUCGCAAUCAACUACAAAUAUCGAGUCUGGAUAUGUGUCAGCUUCGGACGAGGACUACUCACAUACGGAACAAAUCAGGAUUUCUAUUGCUGGUCCCAGCACUGCAGGAAAGUCUUCUUUGCUGGGUACAUUGACGUCUUCUGUACUUGAUAAUGGACGAGGCAAGAGCAGAUUGAGUCUGCUGAAGCAUAGACAUGAGAUAUCAUCGGGGAUUACCAGCUCAGUAGCCCAGGAAUUGAUUGGAUACACUGAUGAUGCGCCACCCACCGUGAUCAACUACGCCUCUGGCAAUGUGGCCGGCUGGGAUGAUAUUCAUGCCGCCUCACACGGGGGUCGUCUGGCCUUUGUAUCCGAUUUACCAGGCUCUGUUCGAUAUUCAAAAUCCACAUUGCGAGGGCUUGUUAGCUGGGCUCCUCACUAUGUGAUGCUCUGCAUCCCGGCUAAUUCUGGUGAUGAGACGACCGUGCUUGAGCAAGGGACUGAACAUUCAGAAAUUGACCUCUGCCUGGCAUAUCUCGAACUCUGUUUGAAGUUAGAGCUUCCAGUGUUGAUUGUCAUUACCAAGCUAGAUAUGGCUUCCCGCAGUGGAUUGCGCGAGAAUCUUGCCAAAAUCCUUUCGGCAAUCAAAACCGCCAACCGGAAGCCUGCAAUGCUUCCUGCCAGCCCUGCCGGUGACAAAGUUCUUAAUCUUCAGCAAAUAAGCACAGUGGAAAGUACCCAAGUACACAAGACAAUUGACGCUGCCGACGGAAAGUGGUUAAGUACUGUGCCGAUCAUUCUGACCAGUGCCGUGGAUGGAUCCGGCAUAGGGAAGCUCCAUGCUUUCCUUCGCUAUCUACCAAUUCCUACUCAACCUUCUCAGAGAAUCCUCCAUAUUCCCAAAGCUUUAUCUACAUCUCCGCACGACACUGGUAACGUCUUCGAUGUGGACGAAGUAUUUGCAAUUCCACCUUCGAAGGUCUACUCAAUAGCUUCGGAGAAGGGUGACGAAGAGAACCGUGGAAUGGUCCUUUGCGGUCUGGUUCGCCACGGCAACAUCUCUAUUGGCGACGAGAUGGUCAUUGGUCCGAUCCUUGUCGACGUUUCUAAUGAUUCCAACAACGAGCCUCCACCCUCGGUGGGGACUCUGUCCCGCAGCGGGCCGGGUGAUGUGUCAGCAUCAUUCCCGCAGAGCCUCAUAUUCGGAAAAGACUCACAGGCCAGGUGGCAGCGAAUCCGCGUUGUCAGCGUGAGAGACCUCCGUUUACCAGUCCGCCGACUAGUGGAAGAUCAAGUAGGCACAAUCGGCAUAGAGCCCGUUGGGUUUUCCGAGGACAAAAGUAUUCCGCGCCUUGGCCGAAUACGUAAAGGCAUGGUUCUCUCGAACUUGCAUACGACGCCCACAUGCAUCACCUCUAUACCACCUAGAUCCUCAUUAUUACCGUUACCAUUCUACACCGGAUUCACCGCAACUUUCAGAUCUACUGAGUUCUCCGCUCCGAACUCCCCUCCUCUACUCCUAGGAGGCAAUGCUAUAGCGUACAUCGCCAACAUUCGCACCACUGUUCGCGUCAUCUGCAUGGCACUGGCCGGAGCCGACGAGGAAGCCAUAUCUGAGCCGCCUUCUCCUUCUGAGCCGGAGCUCUUCAACUUCGACGGCGAUGGCCAACCCCCUUCCGCUAAACCCCACAGCAACGGGACAACAAACGGUAAUUCCAUAAAUGACUUCGGCAGCGAUGGAACCGCCGAUGCAGUCCGGCGUCGUCCUUCGGCGACGGAUAUCAGCAAAGUAAUCUCAGGGACUAUACCCGCCUCUAUUGUUGGUGUUGCCUCCUCGGCAGAAGCCCUAAAAGAGGAUGUGAAGAUUACAUUUGCCCUUGUAUCGUCUGUUGAGUGGAUCGAGCUGGGCUCUCAGGUCCUUGUCAUGCCUGGUAUUUCCAUGGCGUCUGCUUCUUCCCAGGCUGCUACCACGGCGGCAUCUGCCCCUGGCUCUAGCUCAGUGUCUAUGUCCGGGCUUGAGGGCUUUGUUGGUGCCGUUAGUGAAGUCGUUCCUGGGCGGGUUCCAGUGGCUGAGUGA